GGAAGCAGAUUGUCACGUGUCCAUAGGUCAUAUCAACAACAGCGUCCGCAUGUGCUGUUUAGGUAAUAAAAAGAAAAUAGAUGAUUAAAAAAAGUAUUAAUAUAGCAAUUGUGGAUGCCAAGUUUUCUAUUUAAGAGAGCUGAAAUAUUUUAUGGAAUGACCCACUUUGAGUUAAAUUUGUAAAAAUGAAAGGCAAAAUUAGGCAGAAAAUGAAGAAAAAGAAGGCGAAUCCAGUGCUACAAAAGUACAUGACGACCGUGGAUGAUUUCGUUAAAAGUCAAAGUGGUCCAGACGAAGUCGGGAGCAGAAAUGAGCUGAGGUUUGUGAAAAAGAAAAGCAGAAAAGAACUACGCAAAGAGAAGCGAAAAAUGAAGAAAGCCCGAAUGAAGAGUCACUACGAAGGCAAGAAGAAGAGUCCCUGUUUAACCCCCAACGAUGGCAAGAGCACAACGAAAACAGAAAAUCCGGAUAAAAAGACGGAUAAAAGUAAGGAUGUGUCAAAGGCUGCCUCUGUGGAUAAAGACAAAUCUAAAAAAAAGGAAUCCACCAAAAAAGGGAAACAAGUCAACAGACUGAAAGAGUCAAGACAGAUGGCGCUGUUGGAGGCAAAUGAACAAGAGGACAGAGAAAUAAAGAAGCUAGAGCGGUUUCUUGGGCUGAACAAGAGGAAAAACAAGAAGACUCUUCCUCAGUCUUUUGUGACUGAUGGGCUAGAUUACAUCCUGGGUGUUCUCGACUCUGGUUCCGCGGCUGCAGGAAUGUACAGAGGUGAUGAUGAUGAUGACGACAUGGAGAUGGCCAAAGAGAACUUCGAAAAACUUGAAGAGAGCGACACUCAGCAGUCAGAAGAAGAUGAAAAAGCUGAAGAUGAGAUGGCCAGUGAAGUGAGCGAAAAUGAUGAUGAUGAUGAUGAUGAUGAUAAAGAGGAGGAUGACAUGGAGGAAGAUGAGGAGGAGGAUGUAAGGGAAGGCAGUGAUGAGCUGAUGGAAAGUGAUGCUGCAGAUGAAGAAAACAAAGAAGAAUCAGAGGAUGAAGAUCAGAGUGAUGAAAAAGCUCCUCCCAGCUUAAAGUCAGAAGCUGUCACCACUGAACCUGGAAAGUACGUUCCACCUCAGCUGCGUAACGCUGGAGAUGAUAAACGCAAAGCUGAGCUGGAAAAGCUCCGAAGGAAUAUCAAAGGCCUCUUGAACAGGCUAAGUGAGCCAAACAUGGGCUUCGUCUGCAGUCAGUUGAAUGAGCUGUUUAUGAACUACAGCAGGAAAGACAUGAAUGACACUCUGACAGAGGUGCUGCUUGCAGCCUGUGUGACGCCGACUUUGAUGCCAGAUCGCCUGGUAACGGAGCAUGUGCUGCUCGUCAGCAUCCUCCAUCACUCUGUGGGACUAGAGGUGGGAGCUCAUUUUCUGGAGACAGUUGUGCGCAGGUUUGAUGAGGUCUACAAGAGUUCCAGUGAAGGGAAAGAGUGCGACAACCUCGUGGCCAUCGUGGCUCACUUGUAUAACUUUCAGGUGGUACAUUCCACCCUCAUCUUCGACAUCCUCAAACUUCUGCUGGGAUCGUUUCUGGAGAAGGACAUCGAACUCAUUCUGUUUGUGCUGAAGAAUGUCGGUUUUGCCCUGAGAAAGGACGACCCUUUGGCUCUAAAGGAGCUCAUCUCUGAGGCUCAGCGCAAAGCCAACGACACAAAGUCAAAGUUUCAGGACCAAACCAGGGUGCGUUUCAUGCUGGAAACUAUGCUGGCUUUAAAGAACAAUGACAUCAGGAAGAUUCCUGGCUAUGAUCCUGAACCUGUAGAGAGACUGAAGAAGCUGCAGAGGACUCUGAUCCACCGAAGCUCAGGAGGCAGUGAUGUGAAACUGAGGGUCUCGCUGGAGAAUCUGCUUGCAGCUGAGCAGGUGGGCCGCUGGUGGAUCGUUGGUUCAUCUUGGAGCGGUGUGCCCAUGAUCGGCAAGCAAGAGGACCCAACUGCCAAGCACAGCUCUACUGAAGGCUGGUUCAGUGCCAAAGUUUUAGAGCUGGCAAGGAAGCAAAGGAUGAACACUGAGGUGAGAAGAAACAUCUUCUGUGUUCUUAUGACCAGUGAAGAUUACCUGGAUGCUUUUGAGAAGCUGCUGAGAAUGGGCCUGAAAGACAAACAGGAGAGAGAGAUUGUUCACGUUCUGAUGGACUGCUGUCUGCAAGAGAAAACCUUCAAUGGCUUCUACGCUGUGCUGGGAGAGAAGUUCUGCUCCCACGAUCGCCGCUUUCAGAUGACGUUCCAGUUCAGUCUGUGGGAUAAGUUCAGAGAGCUGCCCAACCUUUCCAGCAGCACCUUUAACAAUCUGGUCCAGCUGGUGACCCAUUUCCUUCAAAGGAAAUGCCUUUCACUCUCCAUUUUAAAGGUGAUAGAGUUUGGGGAGCUCGAUAAGCCCACUGUGCGCUUUUUGCGUCAGGUGUUGACCAAACUGCUAAAAGACACCGAUCCUGAAGAUUUGGCCGCUAUAUUUGGAAGGAUUUCAGGAAUUCCCCAGUUAGCAAUGCUGCGGGAAGGCUUAAAGCUUUUUAUCAGCCACUUCCUUCUAAAGAACGCACAGACACAGGCACCAGCUGAACAAGCGGCGCUGCUGUCAGAGCGCGCCGAGGUCGCCGCCAAAGCUAUGGAGGCCAAAGAGGCCACACUCAAACUGUAAAACAUACACACACCAGAAAUCCAAAACACCUAUGGAGCCCAAGGAAUACCUUCUGGGUAAAAUACUGUGUAUAAUGAGCAAACCUGUUUAUAGAAAAGAAAAAACGACUGUUUUUAUUUUAUCCUUCUGGUGUUGAUUAAAUCGAUACAAAAAUAAAGAUUUUAGACUACUGGA